AUGGCAUCUACCUCGAUACUUUUUCGUAAUAAAUCUAAUGAUGAUGCUUAUGCCGACACACUAAUUUACCAUGCCAAAGAUUUUGCGAAAUCUACGCCAUUCGCGUUAUAUCAGGAUUCAAUUCCUGCUGCAAAAGAAUUUUAUGCUUCAUCCAGCUACAACGACGAACUAGUCUCGGGUGCAUUAUGGCUACAUCGAGCAACAAAUGAUUAUAGUUACCUUUUGAAGCCUGGAAACUAUUUUAAUAUUUUGUCUCUUUCCAAACAAACUAAGAUUUUGGUUUGGGACGAAAAACUCGGAGCGGUUUAUGUUUUGGUGUACAACAACAAUCAAGAUAGCAUGCAAGCACCACUUGGAAAGCAAAGGUUGAACACUACCAAGAUGGAUUUAUACGAUAGACUACUGGUGGAUCUAAGCUUACUCCUGGAGGCCUGUUGCAGUGCAAAAGAAAAAGUAACAACGCGGCUUUAA